AUGGUUGGGAUACCAGGAUUCACGAUGCUCGUGCUACUUAUAACAAUAGUGACUGCAAUAGCCACACCUUUGAUCAGCAUCCUCUAUGACCCAACAAGGCCAUAUAUGGUUCACAAAAGAAGAACAAUCCAGCACACCCCAACAACAGACGCCGAACUUCGAAUAGUUCUCGUCAUUUAUGAUGAAGAUAGCACAGCAGGCCUCAUCAAUCUUCUGGAAGUCUCCAAUCCAACAAUAAGCUCCCCAUUCUCGAUCUUUGCCAUUCGCCUCAUCGAGCUUGUUGGCCGUGCUUCUCCUGUGUUUAUAGACCAUCAGAAGGAAGAAGACGAGGCUGACUUGAAAUAUGCAGUGUCUCAAACCAUCCACAAUGCCUUGAAACUGUAUCAAGAAAGCAAAGGUGACUAUGUCAAGCUCUUUAACUUCACAGCCAUAGCACCAAUCAGAACAAUGUACCAAGAUAUUUGUGAGCUAGCACUUUUGAAAAGAGCCACACUUAUGAUCUUGCCAUUUCACAAGGAAUGUCUGGACACUCUUGGAGGUAAACUGACAGAAAUGGUGAGAAGAGGGAUUAGAAAUGUCAACACAAAUGUUCUAGCGCAUUCGCCUUGCUCGGUUGCUGUUCUGGUUGAUAAGGGUCACCUCAGACAUCCACUCAUGGCAUUCCGGGGACACUCUGAUCUGCACUUUGUGAUGUUGUUUUUGGGAGGAGCAGACGCGAGGGAGGCUUUGUGUUUAGCUGAUAGGAUGGUUGGGAAUCCUAAGGUGUUGUUAACCGUGAUUCGGUUUCUUUCAUACAAUUUUGAAGGGGAUAUUGAGAUGGAGAAGAAGAUGGAUGAUGGGGUUGUGACAUGGUUUUGGGUUAAGAAUGAGAGGAAUGAUAGGGUUUCUUACAGAGAGGUGGUAGUGAAGAAUGGUGCAGAGACAGUAGGAGCAAUUCAAGCUUUGGAUGAUCAUAAUUGUGAUGUUUGGAUUGUGGGGAGGAAACAAGGGAUCAAUCCGGUUCUUCUUGAAGGGUUAUCAAAUUGGAGUGAGAAUCAAGAAUUGGGUAUAAUUGGGGACUUUCUUUCCUCUGAUGAUUUUGAUGGCACUGGUUCUGUUUUAGUUGUACAGCAGCAAAUUUUGAGAGGGCAAGAGGCAGGUAAAGGUGGAAUAACAGGUGGCCUAAAUAUAUGUUAG